CUUCAGCAAUGCUUAUCCGUAUCCGAUGCAAAGCGGGAAACUUCCGCUACGAAGUGGAUCCGUCGUCAAACUUCUUCGACCUUGCUCAGAAAGUAGCCGACACGGUGAAGGUAAACCCGUCAUCGAUAAAAUUCUCGAGACAACCUAGAGGAGGUGAAUGGGGCCUUCCUCAGUUGCAGGGCAAAACUCUUGCAGAACAUCAAGUGAAACAUGCAGACCUUCUAUUCGUUUCGUAUGAUGAUUCAAUAACGCCUGAGUCUUCUCAACCAUUGCCUGCUCUAGCUAGUGAACAUUCAACAACAUUAUAUCCUACGGCAGACGCCACACAUCGACCAUGGGAACUCGUGAAGGAGGAUCCGGUGGAUGAGUAUUGGCGUAAGCAGGACGGUAAGAUAAAACGAGACCGUGACUCGCGCUUUUGCAAGCACGGCGCGAAUGCAAUGUGCGACCACUGCAUGCCACUGGAGCCAUACGAUGCGGCCUAUCACGCUGAACAGGGUAUCAAGCGUCUAUCCUACCAUGCGUACCUUCGCAAAUUGGCUCCUUCAAAACCUGCCGCUUCAUCAUCGUCAGCCGUACUCCCACCCCUGGAGCCACUUUCAUACAAAGUGAAGGAUCCUUGCCCGAAUGGAAAGCAUGCACCAUGGCCUGCGGGUAUAUGCUCUUCAUGCCAGCCAUCCGCAAUCACAUUGCAGCCACAGCCAUUCCGUAUGAUAGAACACUUAGAGUUCUCUACCCAUGAGAUCGUGGACCGGUUCCUUAACGUGUGGCGACGGACCGGUACACAGCGAUUUGGCUGGCUCAUUGGCCACUACGAGCCGUACGAGAAAGUACCGAUGGGCAUCAAGGCUGUCGUUGAAGCAAUUCACGAACCCCCGCAAGAGGGUGAACUAGACGGAUUGACACUGGGCUUACCUUGGGAAGACGAGAAAGCUGUUCGAAAUCUCGCAGCGGCCGCUGCCCCUCCUCUUACGAUCGUCGGAUACAUCUUCACAGAUCUAGAUCCUUCCGAAGAAGAUAGAACGAAGAACGUUCACAAGCGUCACCCGUAUUCAUAUUUUCUUUCCUCAUUAGAAGUCAUAUUUGCAGCAAGGCUUCAAUUGGAAAAUCCAACAGCGUCACGUUCCUCUGUUACCGGAAAAUUCUCGUCGCGCUUGGUCACAGCUGUCGCGACGGGGACCGAAGAAGGCGGUAUUGACAUCAAUGCAUACCAGGUGUCGGAACAAGCUUGCGCAAUGGUCGAUGCAGAUAUGAUUGAGGCGAGUGUGGAUCCUGGAAUUGUACGAGUAAAGGAAGAAGAUCAAAUGGCAGGAUCCGCACGAUACAUUCCCGACGUCUUCUUUAGGUAUAAAAAUGAGUAUGGGCUGGAUGUUCAAAAGAGUGCGAAGCCCUGUUUUCCUGUGGAGUACCUUCUCAUAGAUGUGACUCACGGUUUCCCUCAAAAUCCGUCGCCGUUAUUCAUUUCGAACAAAUUCCCAAUCGAAAACCGGCCAGGCCUAGAAGACCAAGAUGUACAGAAAGUUUUGAAAGAGUUGUCACGACUGAGAGCCCCGGAGAUCACCAGUGACCCGAGCUAUGAGCAGAAAGAACCACGGAUGUUCCGUCAAAUAGUUGAAUAUCUUAGUGACUGGCAUCUUAUUUCAUUCCUACCUUCGACUGGUUUGGUGUCUGCGGAGGAUAUGAAAUUGUUUGUUCGAGCUGCUUCGUCUGUGAGCUCUGGUGACCAGCGAUUAUUCCAUGAGCUGUUCAAGACGAGUAGCUGGGAGACUCUCAUGACAUUUACCCGAGAAAACGCCCUUUCUCAUAUACUUGUUACUAUAGCGAGUCAACCUCCGCCACAGCAGGGAGGCGAUACUGAUAUGGACGAGCUUCCUCAGGAUAUUCGGGAUCAGAUAGCUGCAAUGGAAGCUCAGUCUGCAGCUGGUUCUGGAGCUCCUGCACCCGCUCAGAACAUACGCAUCUGCCCUCAUUGUACUUUUGAGAACAGUCGUGCCGGCUCUGAUUGUGAAGUUUGCGGACUUCCAUUGGGUUAA